GCCGGAGCUCAGGUCAUCUGCAGCUGCUGCACUGAAGAAGAAGAAGAAGAAGAAGAGGAAGAGGAAGGAGGAGGAGAAGCGAGAGGGAAGAUGGCGAACAUCCUGCAGCUCUAGACCGGGAACAAGUUCGCAGAAGAUCCAGGAUCCAGCCGUUUCCCUAAUUUUCCAGGGAGUCCUAAGCGAUGGAAGUGCUGCAGUGUGAUGGCUGUGAUUUCCGUGCAGAGUCGAAUGAUGAGCUCAAGGUGCACGUAGAAGACGUCCACACAGCCUUCCUGCAGCCCGCAGAAGUGGGAGAAGGUGAAGGGUCACCCAGAAGAUCCAGGUCAAACUCGUUAAACUCGCUCAGCCAAACAGAGGAUGAGGAAGACUUGAGCAAUCACAAUUACGACUCUUUGAAAAAGGAAGCAGGUAUUAAAUCCUUUAACAAAGACCUUGGGCACAUCUCCGAUUCAAAGAAAAUGAAACACAACCAGUCAGCAAAAUCUUCAAACAAAACGUCAAGUCCAUUUUUCCAGUGCAAGUUCUGUGUGCGGUACUUCAGAUCCAGCUCUCUUCUCAGUGAACACACCAAGAAGGUCCAUGGAGAAGCAAGCGAUGAAAGAUCACUCAAAACUUCCAAGCAGGCCAGCUGCAGUGCUAUGACUUACGAUGGUGUAGGAACGGUCUUUUCCUGCCAGUAUUGCACUUAUAAAUCCCCACAAAGAGCACGGAUUCUGAAACACCAAAAAAUGCAUCAUAAAGAAAGUCUGCCAGGCCACUCGGCUCCUCCUGUUGGAGCAGAGGUUUUGGAUUUGGACUCUGAUGCCUCCUCCGUCGAAGAACAAUGUGAAGAGUCGCCAGGGGAUGUAGAACGUAAUGUGCUGGAAUCUAUGAUCAAGCCCCAGUCAAGAGGAAGCUUUAACUGUGAGUGGUGUGGGUUUCAGACUUCGCUAAGGCAGCAGUUAGCCGAUCACAUGAUGAAGAAACACCAUAACAUGGUGAAGAUCAUGGUAUCCUUGCAACAGCCCAAAACGCAUGACGGAAGUGUGGGAUCCAGCAAGUCUGAUUCGGCUUCAUCCAGGAGAAGCACUCCAACCUCUAAUUUAAACCUGAAUGAUUUAGCGAGCAAUGAAGGUUCCUCUGCAAAUCCCUCAUCAAUCAAAGGAUCCUCUUGCAAUGCAUCACUCAAGGCCACUUCAGGGAUAUCAAGUUUUCAGUACUCACAGCUCACAGCAAAAAUACCCAACAGCACAGGAUCUUCCAUACUGUCAGAGAGAUCGACUUUCACCAUGGCGGAUAUGUCUAGGUCUGGCCUGGAUCUAGAUGCCAGCAUGCUUAAUGAUUCCAAAAGCAGUUCAGAUGAUGAACUCUGUGACUUGGAUGAUCCCAAUUACACAGAGUCAGCUGAGGAUUCUACUAAGCUGCUUCUGUCAGAAGAGGAUAAUGACCUGCUGGAAACUAAAGGAGUUCCAUUCAAAAGACACAUGAACAGGUUCCAGUGCCCUUUCUGCUCCUUCUUGACCAUGCACCGACGUAGUAUUUCUCGUCACAUAGAGAACAUUCACUUAUCUGGCAAAGCUACGGUGUAUAAAUGUGACAAGUGCCCCUUUCUUUGCACCAACCCAAUAAAACUUGACGCGCACAAACAAUGUCACAGUGGGUCUUCUGAAUGGGACACUAUGGACUUAACCAGUGAAAGUGUAGAUGGUCCGUCUGACCACUCUGUGCCAGUAAACGGAGGAAAUGGCAGCUCUAAAAUCAAUGGGAAAAAAUCUAGUGUAGUCGAGGAACAGCAGGGUCCUCAUCGGUGCUCACUGUGUAAUUUUUCCACCAUCACACUAAAAGGUCUACGUGUCCACCAGCAACACAAACACUCAUACUGUGAUGUAACACAAGUCGCUGGUCAAGAGGGCUCGUCCAAUGAGCAGCAAGAUUCUGAGUCCGAGUCCUACAGCUCCUUGAGCUUCGUUCAGAAAACUCAGACCUCAAUCCUUGGAUUUUCAACCAAGAAGCAUCUUAUUGGGAAGACAGCAAGAAAGUCCAUCAACGAUUUGCCCUUGGAUCUCUCUCCUGUCAAAAAACGGACAAGGAUUGAUGAAAUUGCAAACAAUCUCCAGAGCAAGAUAAGUCAAAGCCAACAGCAUGAAGAUGUGAUUAACCUUGAGGAGAUGGAUGACGAUAUGGAGGAGAAUGGAAAUCACAUCGAUUUAGAAACAAGCAAAGAGAGAGAAUCCUCUGAUGCUCGAAGUCAGCACUACACUUUCAACACUCAGCACCUUCCUGUUAGAAAUUCUGGAAGUGUUCAGACAGAGCGUGGUGUUGGGAAAAGAAAACGCAAUCUGCAGUCCAAACUUAGCUCAAGAAACAUUCCGGUUCAAGUCACCAUUUCUGAUGAUGAAGACAAUUACAGUGCCUCUUUAGAAUCUAAAGAUGCCCAAGAUCAAAGCAGCCAAGAUAGCAGAGAGACAUAUCAAGACAACACUGAAUUCAAUACUGAAGAACCUGGAAACCUGUUCUACUGUAAACAUUGUGAGUACCAAAACAAGUCUGCUCGCAGUGUCAGCACACACUACCAGAGAAUGCACCCUUAUAUCAAGUUUAGCUUCAGAUACAUCCUGGACCCAGAGGAUCAGAGCGCAGUCUUCCGUUGUCUCGAGUGCUUCAUUGAAUAUAACAACUUUAAUGAUCUGCACCAGCAUUAUAUGACACACCAUCCAGAAGCAAGUAACGUUUUGAACUUUAACCAGCCAGAUCUGGUGUAUAUGUGCCGUUUCUGUUCCUACACAAGUCCAAAUGUGCGGAGCCUGAUGCCCCACUAUCAAAGAAUGCACCCUUCAGUGAAGAUCAACAAUGCCAUGAUCUUCUCCAGCUACAUGGUCGAUCAGCCUCAUAAGGGUGCUGCUGAAUCCCAAACACUGAGAGAAAUCUUGAAUUCUGGGCCCAAGAGUUUCAGCCCCACCUCAUCUGGGUCCAGAUCAUCAUCCAGUCCUGCUCUCAAAAGCAUCUGCAAAACGGCAGAAGCAAACGCUGAGACUGAAGGUCUUCGAGAAAGUUUGGGUGGUAAUGUGGUGGUUUAUGACUGUGACGUCUGUUCUUUCUCAAGUCCCAACAUGCACUCAGUAUUGGUCCAUUAUCAGAAAAAGCACCCGGAGCAAAAGGCCUCAUACUUCCGCAUACAGAAGACCAUGCGGGUCAUAUCUGUUGACCGAGCACAGUUGUCAAAUAAUUCAACCUACAGCCUGACAAGCACCCCCAAGUCUUCAAACGUCAUCUCACCUGCAGCUCUGGAUGAAGAUGUUUAUUACUGCAAACACUGUGUCUACAACAACCGCUCUGUAGUGGGUGUUCUGGUCCACUAUCAAAAGCGACAUCCGGAGAUUAAGGUGACGGCAAAGUACAUAAAGCAGGCACCCCCAACUCCGGGACUGCUGAAACUCAUGGAUGAGUUACAGAUCGCACCUCCUAAACAAUUUCUGAAGCAAUUGAACAAUAAUGGGAUUGAAGGGUCAGGUAAUUCCAGCACUAAAGGAGCAUCUGACAAAGGGGAACCUGAAAUGUUGUUCUUCUGCCAGCACUGCGACUACGGGAACCGGACUGUGAAGGGGGUCUUGAUUCAUUACCAGAAGAAGCACAGAGACGUGAAAGCCAAUGCCGACCUCGUCCGUAGACACACAGCUGUGGUCAGGAGUCAGAGAGAACGAGCACAGAUGUCCCAAGCAGGAAGUUCUACGUCCACUGCAACUGUAGCUACUGAAGCAGAAAAAUCCAGGUCGUUGCGAUCUUUGAAGUGUAGACACUGUGUAUACACAUCUCCUUAUGUGUAUGCCUUGAAGAAGCAUUUGAAGAAGGAUCAUCCUACAGUGAAGGCCACGGCCAUGACGAUCUUACACUGGGCUUAUCAGGAUGGUGUGUUGGAGGCUGGCUAUCACUGUGAGUGGUGCAUAUACUCCCAUGCUGAACCAAGCGGGCUGCUCAUGCAUUACCAAAGACGCCAUCCUGAGCACAAUGUCGACUACACCUACAUGGCUAGCAAACUGUGGGCUGGUCCUGAUACUUCCACCAGCAGACAAGCUGGGAACUCUGAAACGAAGCAUUACCAAUGCAGAGAUUGUGCCUUUGAGGCGUGCUCCAUCUGGGAUAUUACUAACCAUUACCAAGUGGUGCACCCUUGGGCCGUCAAAGGUGACGAGUCUGUCCUACUCGACAUUAUCAAAGGAAACAAAGCACCUGAAAAGCUGCUCCCACAUCUGCCCAAAGGACAUAUUUCCAUGUCCAGUCCAUUUAACAGCAACCAGGAGGAAGAGGCUGCAGUUGAAGUCAGCCACCCAACACAUGAGCGUCAGGCUAAUCUCUCUUUGUCUGCCACAUCGUCUAUUUCAAAUAACCCUUACCAGUGCACCGUAUGCUUGUCUGAGUACAACAGUCUUCACGGGCUUCUGACCCACUAUGGCAAGAAACACCCGGGCAUGAAAGUGAAAGCUGCUGACUUUGCUCAGGAGGCAGAUAUCAACCCUAGCUCUGUUUACAAGUGCAGACAAUGUCCGUACGUGAACUCUCGCAUCCAUGGAGUUCUCACACACUACCAGAAACGGCAUCCUUCCAUCAAAGUCACGGCUGAAGACUUUGCCGAUGAUGUCGAGCAGGUAAACGAAUUGGUUAAUGAGGGAGAUGAGCGAUCCAAAACCCAGAGACAGGGCUACGGUGCUUACCGCUGCAAGAUAUGUCCUUACACACAUGGAACUUUAGAGAAACUGAAGAUACACUAUGAGAAAUAUCAUAACCAGUCGGCCACAGAUAUGUUGAAAGCAAAUGCUAUCCAGUCGCCAGCCAGAAGAGAGGAUUUGGUUGCUGAAUGCAGCAGCAGCAGUGUGACCGAAGUCUCAGAGGCCUGUGACUUUGACCUCAAGCUUCCCGAAGUUGCGAAGAGCGACAAGCAUGCAUUGUUUAAAUGUCAGCUGUGCAAAUACUUCUGCUCCACCCGGAAAGGUAUCGCUCGUCACUACCGUAUCAAGCAUAACAAUGUCAGAGCACAGCCCGAAGGGAAGAACAAUGUCUUUAAAUGUGCCCUCUGCUCCUACACCAACCCCAUCCGCAAAGGCCUCGCAGCACACUACCAGAAACGGCAUGACAUUGAUGCCUACUACACCCAUUGCUUGGCAGCAUCCAAGACUGUGGCGGAGAAACCGAACAAGGUGACGGUGCCCUUGGCAUCAGAGGCAGAGUCUCCAGCGAUGAGCGAAGAGCUAAGGCUGGCAGUGGACCGAAGGAAAUGUUCACUCUGCUCCUUCCAGGCGUUCAGCAGAAAGAGUAUUGUUUCCCAUUACAUAAAGCGCCACCCAGGAGUCUUUCCCAAGAAGCAGCCCUCCAGCAAACUGGGCCGUUACUUCACUGUGAUCUAUUCCAAGGAGGCAGAGAAACCUCCAUCUACGGAAGAGGUGGAAGUCGUUGAAGUUAAGGAUGAGGUGGAACCUGAAGGUGAGGUGGACUGGCUCCCCUUUAAAUGCCUGAAAUGCUUCAAGCUGUCGUUCAGUGUGGCAGAGCUGCUGGUGAUGCAUUACAACGACUGCCACGACAAGGAACUCAAGCGGGAUUUCAUCACCAUUCCGAGCCCCGCAGAAGAUGGGACAGAGCUCUACCAGUGCACCCACUGUGAAAUCAAGUUCUUGACUCUUCCAGAACUCAGCGUCCAUCUGAUAAACCACAAUGAGGAUUUCCAGAAAAAAGCCAUGAGGCUUGAGCGAAGAAAACAGCUUCAAAGCAAACAGAGGACGACAGAGCCACCAGAUGCCAAACCUGAGAAUAAGCAGGUGGAUGGCACCCCCGGUAAGACUCCCAUUGGCUACAGGUGUAACUUCUGCGUGGAGGUCCACCCCACCCUCCGAGCCAUCUGCAACCACCUGAGAAAGCAUGUGCAGUACGGGGAGGCCAAGAAGGGACACGUGAAGCAGGAAGCAGCAGAGAUGCCUGUUCCCAUGGACGCAGUCACCAACGGCGAUGUGGAGGAUGUGGUUGCCGUGGACGCUGACCCACUGGAGACUGCUGCAUCACCGGCUGACGUCACCAUGGAGACGGAGGAGCCGGUGGCCGUGGAAACGGAGAUGAUGGUCGAGCCGCAGGAGCAGGAGCAGGAGCAGGAGCGAGUGGUUCCUGGGCAUCCGUGCAGCAUGUGCAGUCGUAUGUUCAUGUCCAUGCAGGGCCUGCGCUCACACGAGAGGAGCCACUCCGCUGGAGCUCUCCUCCACACACACCACAGACACAGCUGUCAGUACUGUCAGUUCAGCUCGCCCUUCAGACACAAUCUUGACCGUCACGUCCAGUCACACCACGGACAUCAGAAGCCCUUCCGCUGUAAGCUCUGUCCCUUUAAAUCCUCCUACCUGAGCCGCCUCAAGAGACACCUGCAGAAAUCACACGCAGGUGAACACACGUAUAAGUGCACCUCGUGUCUGUUCUCCACUGUGAGCGUCGUCCAGCUGAAGGAGCACUCGCUGCAGGAGCACGGAGAGACGCUCACGCUGCCCAAACUCACAACACCACCCAACACUGAACACCAGCAGGACACAGACCUCGACCCACAAUGCACUGAGUCUGUGGAGGAUCUGGAGCCCGCAGAUGUGUCGUCCAGUCCUCGUCCGCUCGAGAGCCCUGUUCCUCCGGCCCGGCCCGACUCUAUCCUCACCUGUGAGUUCUGCGAGUUCAGCUCCGGCUACAUGCAGAGUCUGCGCAGACAUUACCGAGACCGGCACGGAGGAAAGAAGCUCUUCAAGUGCAAGGACUGCUCCUUCUUCACCUGCUACAAGUCCUCGUUCACGCUGCAUGUGGAGGCCGGUCACACCAGCGGCUCGGAGGAGACGCCCAGAGACCUGCGCUGUCCUUUCUGUCUGUACCACACCAGACACAAGAGCAGCAUGAUCGACCACAUCGUCCUGCACAGAGAGGAGCGUGUGGUCCCGCUGGAGGUGUCUCGCUCGAAGCUGUCCCGUCAUCUGGAGGGUCUGGUGUAUCGCUGUCAUAAAUGCACCUUCACCUGCUCCAGCGAGCAGAACCUCGAGCAGCACAUCCAGAAACACCAGGAGCUGAAGCCCUACCAGUGUCAGCUCUGCUACUACGACAGCAGACUCCUGAACGAGCUGGAGAUGCACCUGCAGCAGGAGCACAAGGUGAUCCGAAACUUAGAGCUGGUGGGACGGGUGAACCUGGACCAGCUGGAGCUGAUGAAGGACACGAGCAGCAGCGAGGAGGAGAGAGAGGAAGAGCAGACUCCAGAGGAGGGGGAGGAGCUGAGGGAGGAGGGGGAGGAGCUGGAGGAGGAGGAGGAGGAGCGUCCAGAGAGCAGUCAGACCGAGGUGACAGGCGAGUCUCCCGGCAGUGGCGGCGGUAAACGCUAUCCGUGUGAGUUCUGCGGCCGCAGCUUCUCGCUCCGCUCCGAAUGGGAGCGACACGUGCUUCGACACGGCAUGACUGUUAACGGCAGCAAGAAAGACAGAAGUCCUGUGUCCUCGUCAGCGCUGCCUCUGAUUGGUCCAGUAGCUGUGAUUGACAGAGGGCUGGACCUAUCCAGUAACACUGUGGAUCAGUCUGACCAAUCCAAGUGUCCGAUUCAGAACGAGGAAGAAGAAAAGACCAAAAAUGACCCUUAGGAGCGAAACAAAAGCUGUAGAGAAUGUCAUGCGUUCCGUUGUUUCAUCUGUUCAUCGUUGGUUUUGUUGCAGAACAACAUUGGAUGCUUCUUGAGUAUUUGGUUUAAAAAGCUAGAUUUGUGGAAUGUGAUGAUCCCGGUUUGGAGUAUCACUAGAUGUUGGUGUUUCACGUUCGUCCAGUUGCUGAAUCUUACACUGAAUUUUACAAAGUGUGACUUGGUCCCUCAGGACAGAUGUUGAUAUAUUGGUAACCAAUAGUGAAUGAAACCGUGAGUCGAUAUUCCGGUCGAAUCGCGAGUCCCUCCGUUCAGAGAUUAAAAUUUCCUCGAUGCACCUUUCAUUACAUUCAUUUAUAAAAAAUAAGCAUACAUGAGAAUCGAAUGUCUUCCGUCGUACACGCUGAUAGUCUUGAAGACGGCGUGUAGCGAUUCACGUCCGUUUCAAACGAGAGACGAUCCAUCCGGAAGCUUCUCGGCCGGCAGGAGGGACACGGAGUCGCUCGGAACGUCGCCUGACGGUUUCUGUUUUUUACAUUUUAGCCUUGUGUUAAUCUUCCUGUAGCUGAAUUCCUUGAGGAAUAGUUGUCAUCUUAUUUAUCUAGAUCGUUUGAUUCUUUUAGACAUGAUUUUAGAAUAUCAACACUUGCCCCAAAAACUCGUAGCAAAUUGCUACUUUGGACGAUUUCGGCCACUUUCCGGCUCGUCUUGCACUCCCGCUUCACUUUAAUCACGAUUAACGUUUGGGCAUCGAUGGAUCACAAUCACGUGUUUCUGCUGCUCUCUGCUGAUUGGACGAUUCUAUCCAUCGGUUUAAAGGAAAAUUACUAGUUCAAAACACACUCACAAUAAUAUUUACACCUGAAUGUAAGAUUAAUGUUUCUGAAUUGCAGUUUUAACAUAAACUAAUAAACCUAUUGUGAUGCAUGCUUGUCUAUCAUACAGACAUCAAACAGGUCCGAUUUAUCCGUGUUCAUUUAGUAUCAUUAUGAUGUAGAUUUUAUAUUAAAAUAUUUGUAUAUUUUUUCUGUUUGUUUAUUUUUAUUAAUUAUUGCUUUUUCUGGUGCAUCUUCAUUUAAAAAAAAAAAAACAUUUUUAUUGAUGGUGAAUAUAUAUAAAUGGGCUACUGAGUGUCUAAAACACAUUUAUUAUUCAUUAUUAUUAUUAAUAUGUUAUUUUAUUACUAAAAUUACAGAAAUCUGACCAGUUUUUAGUCAUGCAUGGCUGACAAAUAUGCAUCACAUUAAUUGUAUUAGUUUGUUAACUGUGUAGAUCUUAUAUGCAAUUCAAAUACAUAAAUAUGACAUUUAGGACUACACAUUUUAUUUUGACAAGCAGCUCUGAGAUUUCCCCAGACAUGCUAAAAUACAUCUGUGUUUCGCACUGGAACAAAGACACGUGAUUCGCUCUAAACAUGAUUCACUGAAGCUGAAGGACGAGUGGAGACAGCUGUGAUUCUGGGAUGUUGAGCAGAACGAGUGUUUUCUGUGUUUUCACAUGGAGCUGAGAUCGUGUGAUUGCUCCAAACCCCAAAGCCUUACAGAUCCACCGAUCUCCAUCAUCCCAGUCAUCACACCAAAACUGAAAGCAAAGUGUCGCUUCCCAAAGUCUUUCCCGAGCAAUGGCCCAGAUGCAUUCUGGGAAACCUGCAUGAUGUUUUGCAGCCGUGUAUAGACUCGAAGCUCCUCAUCAGUAAGUGUUUACAACUGUGGAUUCUGUUUCAGAAAGGGGUCUGUUCCUUUAAGUGUUGUUCUGAUAUUUAAUAUUAACAAAAAAAAAGAAAGAAGGAAGAAAAAAUACAAAUCAAUAGAAGACGUUUCUUUUGUUUUUUAGCUCUCCACUGUUCAAAGCUGUUGUAAAUUGUCUGGUUAAGAAUAAAAAAACAGAAUAAAAAGCUCUUUUGUACCCUCCAUGUCCUUCAUAAGGAGUAGAGAAGCAUCAGAUAUAAGCUUUUAAGAUCACACUGGAUCUGUACAUAGAUGUGCUUCAGUUUCUAUCGUUGCCCUUUAAUUCUCGACUAGAUCUCCUGCGUUCUGCCUUUCUUCUGAUGAUUUCUGACGCUUGUUUACAGCUUUAUUCCUUUGAUUUCUCUAUCUUCUGUAAAUAUUGUAAUUCAUCGUCUUUUUUUAACUUGGUAAUAAAGUUAUCAGAUAACCUGA